GCAUUCAAACAAAAGUACACCUCCCCCCUUGCGCUGCCAACAAAACGACUCACACUUGAAUGCGUUUCCACGCACUUUGCGUAUCCAACUCUCUCUCUCUCUCUCUCUCUCUCUCUUCAGUAGUUAAAACUGCGUUGACUCGAACAUUACCAAACUUUGAAUCCAACACACCGAAACUGAAACACCAACACCACCACCACCAUUUUCCCAAUUUUACCCCUCCCUUCUUUCCCUUACCUUCCUCCACCGGUCUCUCUGCAACACCCUAGCUCACUUUCGAACAGCUCCCGUGGCAAUACCCGUAAAUUCGACAUGUCCUCGGGGCAAAAUUCCACGCCCCUUUAGCUCAUGUAACAUAUUCUAGCUCUUUAUUUAUUUUUUUUCUAGAUUUGUUUUUCUGUUUCUUUAAUUUGGGGGAGAAAUGAAGAGACUGAGAUCCAGCGACGAUCUCGAUUCGUAUGGAAAGGAUCCGAAUCCGAACCCCAACCCGAACCCCAGCCGGACCUCCUCUUCUACCUCGCACAGAAGCUUCUACUACAAACCAGACACUGUACGCAAGGGUUUGCUCUCUUCCUCCUCGUCGGCGUCUUCUCUGGGGCCGGUUCGCUCCUACGAUGAUCGGGACUCGGCCGGCGCCGGCGGCGGGUCCAGGACCGCCCGGAAGAGGCCGGAGCAAGAGUUUGACGGGUUCGACCGGAGAAAAGGGCUCGAUCGGUAUAAUAGAGAUGGCGGAGGGUACGAUCGUAGCUCGAUGCACAGGUCGGAGAGCUUCUCCGUGUCCAGGCGGUCGCCGGCGGAGUUUCCGAAAGGGUUUCGAUCGGAGCGGGACCGGCCGAGGCGCGAAGGAAGCGGAGCGUUGUCGUGGCGGAGGUUUGGGAAGGAGUUUGAGGAGAGAGGAGGGAAGGGGUUGAGGGAUGUGAGGUCGCCGACGUGGUCGAAUUCGAGAGAUUCGGGGAGCGAACAGUCUAGGGUUAGGUCUCCGGUGAGGAGAUUUAGGGAUGGAAAGGGGUCGAAAUCGGAGUCGAAGUCGAAGUCACCGACUUGGUCCAAGGAUUCGGUGGGGAGUGAGCAGUCGAAGAGUGUUGAGGUGAGGAAGAGAGAGACGGAGGAGGUUCAGGUUGAGAGUGGGAGUAGGGCUAGUAGUGAAAUGGAGGAAGGUGAGCUUGAGCCUGAAGCUGAAGCUCAAGCUGGAGCUGGAGCUGAAGGAGGUGAAGGUGAAGGUGAAGGUGAAGCCCAAUUGGGUCCUGAAGGUGGAGCUGAAAUGGAAGAAGCCCAGGAUCGAACUGGGUCCGAUACGGAUACCAAUAAGGUUGAGGAGAAAGGUGAGCCUUUCGAUGAAGACGAGGUGAGGGAGGAGAAAGGUGAGUCUUUGGAUGAGGAAGAGAAUAGGGAGGAUAAAGGCGAGUCUUUGGAUGAAGAAGAGGCGAAAGAUGUGAGUAAAGAGAAUGUGUGUGAAAGGAAAGAUGAGGAAAAGAAAGAUGAGGGGUUACCAAAUAGUGAGAACGAUAUGAUUGAUGAAGCUCGGAAUAUGGAAGGUCAUGAAGAUAGGGAUGGUGAAAAAGAGAGUUUCAGGGAAGGUAAUGAGUGCAAGGAGGAAGUGAGCAAGGGCGUGGUUGUGGAGAGGUCGAUGGAAUUGGAAGAGGGACCAAAGCAAGACAAGGGAAUAGACCUUGAAGUGAAGGCUGAGGAUGAUGAUGAUGAUGAUGAUGAAAUCACCGAGUCGGAUAAGGAAGUAACAGAGGAGGAGGAGGAGGAGGAGAAUGAAGUGGUUAAGCUGGAUAUGGUCGAUGCGAGUGUGGGUCUGAGUCAGAAUUUUAAGGACAAAGGGAAAAGCGUGGCUGUGGCACCGGCCCAUGUGGUGGAUUCAGCAGAAGAUGGUGGGUGGAAUGCCAGAGAAUCCAGAGAACUCCUAACUUGCAUGGACAAUGAUAUGGAAGGACCAAGCACUAGGGGUUUCGAGUUAUUUUCAACCUCUCCUGUUAGGAGACGGGAGAAAGCUGAUCACUCUGGUGUUAGUAUGAAGGAUGAGAAGCUGGCACUUGAGCCACUUGAUCUUUCGCUUAGCUUGCCUAAUGUUUUAUUACCUAUUGGGGCAGCUCCUGGUUCUCCUGAUCAAGCAAGGAGUGUUCAGUCUUUAAGCACUUUUCGGACUAACUCGGAUGGAUUUACUCAGUCAGUGUCUUUUUCAGGUUCUCAGUCAUUUUAUCACAACCCUAGUUGUUCGCUAACCCAGAACUCGAUGGACUUUGAACAAUCGGUUAAAAGUCGCCCCCUUUUUCAGGGGAUUGAUUGGCAGGCACUGGCUCAGAAUGAGGCUAAGGGUAAAGAAGUUCCUUGGCAGGCACUGUCUCAGAAUGAGGCUAAGAGUAAAGAAGUUCCUUUGUAUCAAAGACUCUUGAUGAAUGGAAAUGGGUCUCAUCAACAACAGUCUCAAUCAUCACAAGGCGUUCAAAAUGGUCAAUCCAUCCAAGGGCAACAACAUCUUAGACAUCCUGAAGGAAGCUCUAAAAUGGCAAAUGGAUUGGAAAGGCAGCUGAGCUUCCAUAAGCAGUUGACAGGUGGACAAUCAAGGCACCAGGAAGAUGUUAGAUCACCUUCGCAUAGCGUUGGAUCUCAUGAAAUGGGAUCAAAUUAUAGUUUUGACAGGAAACGACUAAUGAGAGAGAAAAGUAGUGGUAGUUUAUAUAGAACUAGCAGCCAGAAGGAACAAGAACAGUUUCUCAUUGGUGGGGCUGAUUUUGUCGAGACAAUCAUUGCCAGGAUUGUCUCUGAUCCAAUACAUGUAAUGGCCAGAAAGUUUCAUGAAAUGACAGGACAAUCUGCAGCAUGUAUGAAGGAGACCAUUCGUGAGAUUAUGUUAAAUAUGGAUAAGCGCAUGCAACUGGUUGCAUUUCAGAAGGCACUGCAAAGCAGGUCUGACAUAACCAUGGAGACGCUACUAAAAGCCCAUCGUGCGCAACUAGAAAUCUUGGUUGCACUAAAGACUGGUCUACCAGAUUUCCUCCAGCAAGAGAGUGAUGUGUCAUCUUCUGAUUUGGCUGAGAUUUUUCUGAACUCAAGAUGCAGAAAUCCUUCUUGUCGGAGUCCUGUGCCCGUGGAUGAAUGUGAUUGCAAGGUUUGCUCACAAAAGAAUGGUUUUUGCAGUGCUUGUAUGUGUCUUGUGUGCUCAAAAUUUGAUAUGGCCUCAAAUACAUGUAGUUGGAUUGGGUGUGAUGUUUGUCUCCAUUGGUGCCAUGCGGAUUGUGCAUUGCGGGAAUCUUAUAUUAGAAAUGGACGCAGUGCUACUGGAUCUCAAGGGACUACUGAGAUGCAGUUCCAUUGUGUUGCCUGUGAUCAUCCCUCUGAGAUGUUUGGCUUUGUGAAGGAGGUUUUUCAGAAUUUCGCAAAGGAUUGGACAAUUGAAAAUCUUGCUAGGGAACUUGAAUAUGUCAAGAGAAUUUUUGUUGUCAGCAAGGACAUGAGAGGGAGACGACUUUAUGAAAUUGCUGAUCAAUCCCUGGCAAGAUUGGCACAUAAGUCUGACCUUCCAGAUGUUUACAGUUAUAUCAUGGCUUUCCUUGUGGAUGCUGACAAUUCGAAGCUGGGCAAAACACCCGUUUUAUCUGGGAAGGAUCAAAGUAAAGUGAGCAAUGGGAUUGCUGGGCCAAGCCAGGAACCCGCAUGGCUGAAGUCUGUAUAUACAGAAAAGGCACCUCAGUUGGAAACUGCAGCUAGCAUUCUUCCUAGCUUUAACUAUGACCAGCAUGAUAAACGCAUUAUAGAGACGGAGUUGCACACAAUUGCCCCGAAAGAACCUCUCUUCGAUGAGUUGGAGAGCAUUGUGAGAAUCAAGCAGGCCGAGGCUAAAAUGUUCCAAACACGAGCAGAUGAUGCAAGAAGAGAAGCUGAGGGGCUGAAACGCAUAGCGAUUGCGAAGAAUGAAAAAAUUGAAGAAGAAUAUAGGAGUAGAAUAGCAAAGUUGCGUUUGGUUGAGGCCGAGGAAAUGCGUAACAAGAAACUUGAAGAACUACAGGCUCUAGAUCGAGCGCAUCGUGAGUACUCAAAUAUGAAGAUGAGGAUGGAAGCAGAUAUUAAAGAUCUUUUAUUAAAAAUGGAAGCUACAAAGAGGAACCUUUCUCUGUGAUUUGGCAGAUCAACAGGGGUUUCUAUAGAACUUUCACUGCGGCAGGUGUUUGCAACGUUAUCUCCCCAUAAUUUUAUGUUGUAAUGUAGUUUUUAUGGCUAUCUUUAGGUUUAUUUCCAAAGUAGUUUCUGUUGUAUUUCUUCUUUUUUUCCUUUUUUUUUUCACCACUAACCAGAAUCUGUACAGAGACUGCCCCAUCUCUUAAUGUUAUAAAACAGCUCCCAUUUAUGAUUCACGGAAGCAAUAUGGGGUUAACGGUGGAUCGAGUGUUGAUUUAUCAGAGGAAUUUACUUCAA